GCGCCCGCCCAGCACGGCCCGUGAGGCGCGGCCCUGCCGCCCUUGGGUGCUGCCCUCGGGCCUGUCCUGCUUCCUCCUGCGCCUGGAACCACGCUGCCAGAUGGGAUCCUGGCCGUGUCCCCGUGGUGGCUACAGUUACGUGUUGCUCAGGCAUCAAGGCCUGCCUCAGGGAUGGUGCUGAGAGUCACUGCUGAGGACAUCAGGAGUUCCCUUUGUUCCAAUCCCUCCUGCCACCACUGGCCUUUUCCUGCCCUGAUGCGAUGGAGCUCAAGGAUGCUGCUCUUCACUGGGCCCAGUAACCCUGACUUGUCCUGGAGCUUGGAGGAUGAGGAACACUCCCCUCCCCAUGCCAGCCCACGCUGUGUGAGUGCCAAAGGUGUGUGCCUGGGAGCAGCAGCAGCAGGAGAUGAGAGGCUGAGGAGAGUACAGUGCUGAGCUUUGAAGGCACCUGACAGGCUGUCGGGGUGCUGCCAGCCACGCUGCCAGCCGGGUACGAACACCCCCCCGCCCCGCCACUGCUGCGCUCUGAUCACAGCCUCGCCGUCACUUCAAAGCACCCGCCAGGCGCAGGUGGGUUGUCAUGCAGCCUCCCACCCCAUGGUUCCACCCCUCCUGACCCACAGGCUUGCUUCUCCCGCCCUACCUGGCCCAGAGGCACUGAGGGCCCCAGCUCCAGGGACAGGGAUACCAAAGUACAAGGUAGACAAGGUCCCAAGCAGCACUGACAGUAGGUGAUGGCCUCCCAGUGCUGUCAUUGUCCUGCCUCUGUGGGGCAGAGUCCCCAGCUGCAGAGCAGACACAACUGGGGACCCUGGAGGUCCAGGCAACGUUUUGUGGUGACUGCAGUGAAAUGCAUGGCAAGGGACAAGGAGGAAGAGCUGAGGCGCAACAUUCCUAAGCACAGGGUUCACACAGUGUGCCUGAGACAGGUCAUCACUAUCCAGACACAGAUGCCCACCAUGCCGGGACACUGGGGGCUGCCAGUUCAGCUUGCCUGGGGUAAGACAACACACACCACUGUCCCAACCCAGCUCAAGAAGGAAUUUUCCAUUCCCGAAAGCAGGCUGGGGAAAGGCGUGUUUGCAGCAACCCCCUCCUCUCCCUCCCCUCACCCAUCACCGAAGCAGCUCAGAAAGGCGCCUGCCUUGUUUGUCUCCAGGAAGGUGCAGAGCAAAAGCCUCCCAGGAGGGAGAGAUCUCUGGAGGGGACCAGGGACCCUGGGCAGCUUCAGGGGCAGCCUGCAGCUCACUUUCCAGAGGAGCCACCCUGAAUGCAGCCAUGCCGCUGCCCCUUGCCUGCUGCCAGGACGGGGAAGUUCUGACACGACCCCAGGACAGCAGCGCGCCCCAGCUCAUUGUCGGCAUCCUGCGAGCCACCAGGAUCCCCGGGCUGCACUACAUGUGUACCCGGCCACAGUCCCGCCUGCGCCGCCUGCUCUGGAGCCUGGCGUUCCUGGCCUCCGCCGGGCUGCUGGCCACCGGCACCGCCGACCGCCUGCGCCACCUGCUCUCACACCCCGUGCACACCCGCGCACGCCUCGCCUGGGCACCGCAGCUCCGCUUCCCGGCUGUCACCCUCUGCAACCCCAACCGGGCACGCUUCCUGCACCUCACCAAGCCCGACCUCUACUCGGUGGGAGAGUGGCUGGGGCUGGCCCAGGAGAACCACUCGCUGGUGCCCGAGAUGCUGGCCGUGCUGGGGGAGGACCAGCGUGCCUGGCUGACACGUCUGGCCAACUACUCGCGCUUCUUGCCACCCCGCCUCUCCGAGCGCACCAUGCACAGCUUCUUUCACCGCCUGGGCCACCAGAUUGAGGACAUGCUGGUGGAGUGUCGCUUUCAGGGAGAGCGCUGCGGCCCCCAGCACUUCACUCCCGUCUACACACGCUAUGGUAAGUGCUACACCUUCAAUGGGGAUCGGAGGAAUCCACGUGUGACCCGCCAAGGUGGCAUGGGCAACGGGCUGGAGAUCAUGCUGGACAUCCAGCAGGAAGAGUACCUGCCCAUCUGGAGAGAGACCAAUGAGACAUCUUUUGAAGCUGGCAUCCGGGUCCAGAUCCACAGCCAGGACGAGCCACCCUAUAUCCAUCAGCUGGGCUUUGGUGUCUCACCUGGCUUCCAGACCUUUGUGUCCUGCCAGGAGCAGCGGCUCACCUACCUGCCACAGCCGUGGGGGAACUGCCGGGCCAGCACGCAGGGGGAGCAGCUGCUGCCUGGCUAUGACACCUACAGCAUCGCUGCCUGCCGCCUCCAGUGUGAGAAGGAGGCCGUGGUGCAGAGCUGCCACUGCCGCAUGGUCCAUAUGCCAGGCAAUGAGUCCAUCUGCUCCCCUAAUGUGUACAUCGAGUGUGCUGACCACACGCUGGACGCAGCAGUGGAGGACAGCCAGGAGCGCUGCAGCUGCCCCACACCGUGCAACCUGACACGCUAUGGCAAGGAGAUCUCCAUGGUCCGCAUCCCCAACAAGGGCUCAGCGCGCUACCUCGCCCGCAAGUACAACAAGAAUGAGACCUACAUUCGGGAGAACUUCCUGGUGCUGGACAUCUUCUUUGAGGCGCUCAACUACGAAGCCAUUGAGCAGAAGAAAGCCUAUGACCUUGCUGGGCUUCUCGGGGACAUCGGGGGGCAGAUGGGCCUGUUCAUCGGUGCCAGCAUCCUCACCAUCUUGGAGAUCCUGGAUUACAUCUAUGAGGUGAUCCGAGAUAAGGUGAGCCGGGUCCUGCGCCGCUCCAAGCCACCUCUGAAGAAGCCCUCGGGCAGCAUCGCCACACUGGGAUUGGAGGAGAUGAAGGACCAGAGCCCCUGUGAGACACUGGGUCGGCACGUGGAGGGCGCCUACAACGCGGGCAUCCUGCCCAACCACCACCACCGCCACCACUACCCUCACCAGGGAGUCUUCGAGGACUUCGCCUGCUAGGCAAGACUGGGUCUGGGGGGCAGCCCCCUGUCACCCCCCUCCCCAGCAUUCUCAUGGAGAGGGACGGCGGCACUGGGUGUGGUGGGCACAGACCCCUGCCUCCCCCACCCCACUGCCAGGACCAGCCACACUGUUCGCCCCCAGUAAUGCCACUGGAGCUGCCUAAGCACCGGCACUGGAGCAGCCCCCGGCCCUUUUGCCUGUCCCCUCUGCUUGCCCCAGCACGUGGGCUCAGCCCGGUUUCAAGCACACAGCGUGGAGGGGGAUGGGCAGCCAGGGGGGUCUGGGGGAGCAGCAGGUGUGGGCCAGAGAGGCCCUGGUGCUGCAGAGCAUGAAGGGGAUAAGCUGAGGUUCCUGUGAGUCCCUCCAAGCCCUCCCUUGGUGACCCCUCCUGGGUGGUGGUCUCUGCCCUGCAUGGUUUUCCCUAGGAGAGAGACAUGCCUGGAAAAGCUUCCCUCUGCCCGGGAACCACCUCCUCCCCUUCCUGCUGCAGGGCAGGGCAGCAUUGCAGGGCACCCCUCUGAGCAGCAUGGCCCCCGUGGCCAGCACAGGGACACCCCAACUGCAGCCACACCUGCAUGGCACCACCCUGACCCCUGGCACCACCACCACCACUGUGACACACCCCUAAACACAUGCCCACCCUUGCCCAACCUCAUGCAGUCUCUCAGGGCUGCAGCCCCUCUAUCAGUGUUCCCAGCCAGACCCCUGCACUGUGACUCCCCCUGCCACUCCAGUGUUGGCCUCCAAUAAUCCCCAGUCAUUUCAGCACUGCAAACCUACUGCCUCGCCCAUCUCCUGCCCCAAUCUGUUGUGAACCCAUCCUCUCCUUGCCCAGCUAUUGCCCAGAGUGGCUCAUCCUUGGUGUAGCUGCCUGGCACAGCCCAGGCAGCAUGGCAGGUCCUGCCCUCGCUCCCCUGCCUGUCACUGCUCUUUUGCACCGUGCACGUACCCCUUGCCAUGCUCCCAGCCCCAGGUGCUGAGCACCCGCUGUGCCUCCCCCAGACUGUACACGGUUAGGAGGGUGCUCUGUGCCCAGCCCUGUCUGGACAGCCACAGUCCAGCCCGCUGGCCGGAGUCUUGGCCAAAACUGCCACCCACAGUCCUCCUGCCUGCCCUGAGAUGGCGGGACACACGGCAGGACGCACGGCAGGACCCACAGCACUUCCCCUGUCCUGUUGUACAUUGCCUCCACCCCCUCCACUGUAGCAGCAGACACCAGCGCAGGGCAAACUGCCCCAAAAUAUCUCAGGAGGGGGGGCGAGCUGGCAAAGCCCCCCUCAACACACUUGGCAGAGGGGGACCCCAAGGCAGGAAUUUGGGACCUCUGGGGAAGGCUGGGGCUGAGCCAGGCAGCCGCUGGCCGUGAUAGUUUGGUCCCCCUCCCUGGUGCCCACAGAUGGAUCGUGGCCAUGUUGUGCCAUGCCCAAAGCCAUAGAUGCAGGAGGAGCCAUCAUCCCUGCAGCCCUCAAGGCCCCACAGAUGGGAGACACAGGGCAGGGAGCAGGGCACCAGCAGCCCUGGCUCUGGGUAUGCACGGUCCAACAGCUCCCACGAAGAAUGCACCCACGUGUAAGCAUGUUCCCCGUGGGUGCAAGCACCCAGCUGCGUGUUCCCCUGUGUGGGGGGAUACACAGCGAGCCUCCCAGCAGGCCAGCCACACUGGUGCUCCCCAGGGAGCCCUGCAGAGCACCCCGUGCCGGCUCCCCAUACGCCAACCUGCAAGCAGGGGGGUUCCCAGAGGGGUGCCACAUGUUAUCCCAGAAACGUGCCACAGCCAUGCCAGCCAGCCUUACACCAAGGUCUCCUGCAGCAAGGGGGGCGGCACAGGAUGUGUCCCCUUCUUGCCAGUCGGAGCAACAGGCCCUGAGCGGGGUGGGCAUGGGCACCAUGGUGGGAGGGCCAGCACAAACCACCCUCGUGCUGGUGAACAUGAGAGAUGUGCGUCACUGUUUUAUAAAUGUACAAAUGCUCCCUAAUAAAGAGGCACAAGUAGGUCCA